AUGCAUGCGUGCGCGACGAUCGCCGUUGGUUGCCUGCUUGCCGUCUGGGGCAGGAGGGUUGCGGUGGGUGGCUGUGGCUGUGCGGCUGCGGGUCGCGCCCUUGUCGGUGCGGUGGGACGUGGUUCGCAGCCCGGCCUCGAGUACGGACCUAGGUACCUACGCCAGGCAGAAACAACUCAACUUACAAGGCAGACGCCAGCCCCAGCCAGUAACCUAGCAGGCCAGGCAGCCGACACUGACAAACCCCGUGCCACAAGCCAAGGCCACACGAGCCCGUCUCACUCACAGCCCCCUUGCUGCACACCGGCCCCAGCCACAGCCUCAGCCCCAACCGCGGGCGCUGUGCAUGCAUGCAAGCAACCAAGUAGCAAUCUCCCCCUGGCCCCAGCCAGCCAGCCAUUCCGAACGCCCGCCCCGUGCAACAGCUUGCUGACGCCGUCGCACCUAGCCAUCAUGCAUGCCUCCACCACCUCCACCACCGACAGCACAGGCACCACCACCUCCUCCUCCGCCUGCGCCGACUCGCCGAGCACGUUCCGGCGCUUCUCGCGACGGCUGACGGGCAGCACCGGGCGUCAAGACUCGGCGCUCACGGCCAGCUCGACCGACAGCCGCAGGUCCAAGGGCAAAGUCAUGGUCUUCAUCCGCUCAGCCGACGAAGUCGACCUGCAAGACCGCACCGCGGUCGAGGACCAAGUUCCAGGAAGACUGACGACGACGCGACCCGCAGCUUCCAAGACGCCGCCGCUGAACAUCGUCGACAUGCCGCGCUCGAUCUGGCGAGGCAACAAAGACAUCUACGUGCCCGCGAAAGGCGAGCACAAGCACGAUCUGCGCACGGAUGGCGACCCCCAGAAGUGUCGCCAGUGCGAGUUCGCGGCCACCAUCGAGCUCGACAAUAUGGGCUUUUUGUUCAAGCUCAAGCGCGCCAUGGGCUUGGUGAACCAGAUCUACGUCUUCGAGAAUCCGUUCCCGGUGAUACAGCCGGUUCACUAAUGUCGCCCGCCGCCUGGCUGUUACGGGGGUGUUUCUGAGGUAAUUCAGCUGAGGCAUCGACUGCUCCGCUGGGCCGAACGAGUGACUGGCGAUCAGUCGAAGGCGAGGAGCGUGCGCUUCACAAAAGCUAAACCGGAGCCGCAAUUAAUACAACUUUGGCUCUAUCAGUGUACGCUGAUGGGUAUGACCUAUCUCUGGAGUCCGAAUGGGAAGCAUUGCAGGCGUUCGAAGAUGUCCAGGAGAGGCAUUUUGUUUGGGGCAGUAGAAAAUCGAU